GUUCUACAAAGCGUUUCGCCAUCUCCAAAGCACGUCAGCUCCGGAAGGCGCGUCGAGAAUCGCAGUCACAGAGCCAGGACAGAAAAGGACCGAAAAAUGCCCAAAGCGGUCAAUGUUCGCGUCACCACGAUGGACGCUGAGCUGGAAUUUGCCAUCCAGCCCAGCACCACUGGCAAGCAGCUGUUUGACCAGGUGGUAAAAACCAUCGGCUUACGUGAGAUCUGGUACUUUGGACUUCAGUAUAUGGAUGGCAAAGGUUACCACACUUGGCUAAAACUGGACAAAAAGGUGUCGUCUCAGGAUGUGAAGAAGGAGAACCCACUGCAGUUUAAGUUUCGGGCCAAAUUUUUCCCUGAGGAUGUUUCUGAGGAACUGAUCCAGGACAUCACCCAGAAGCUCUUCUUCCUGCAAGUGAAGGAGAGCAUCCUAAGUGAUGAGGUUUACUGUCCUCCAGAGACAGCCGUGUUACUGGCCUCCUACUCCGUUCAGGCAAAGUUUGGAGACUACAGCAAAGAAGUCCACCGGCCUGGAUACCUGCUGUCUGAACGACUGCUGCCGCACAGAGUCCUGGAGCAACACAAGUUAUCUAGAGAACAGUGGGAGGAGAGGAUUCAGGUGUGGCACGAGGAACACCACGGGAUGCUGAAGGAGGAUGCUAUGCUGGAGUACCUGAAAAUUGCCCAGGACCUGGAAAUGUAUGGAGUCAACUACUUUGACAUCAAGAAUAAGAAGGGAACAGAGCUGUGGCUGGGAGUGGAUGCUCUGGGACUCAACAUUUAUGAGAAGGAUGACAAAUUGACCCCAAAGAUUGGCUUCCCCUGGAGUGAGAUCAGGAACAUUUCCUUCAAUGAUAAGAAGUUCAUCAUCAAGCCUAUUGACAAGAAAUCUCCAGACUUUGUGUUUUAUGCCCCAAGACUGCGCAUUAAUAAGCGCAUCCUCCAGCUGUGUAUGGGCAAUCAUGAGCUGUACAUGCGUCGCCGCAAGCCAGACACAAUAGAGGUUCAGCAGAUGAAGGCCCAGGCCAGAGAGGAGAAACAACAGAAACAGCAGGAGAGGGCCCAGCUGGAAAAUGAGAAGAAGAAGAGAGAGGCCAUUGAGAGAGAGAAGGAGCAGAUGGAGCGAGAGAAGGAGGAUCUGAGAAUGAGGCUUUUCCAGUUUGAGGAGAAGACCAGGAAGGCAGAGAAAGAUUUGCAGGACCAGCUCCAAAGAGCCAUGAUGCUGGAGACAGAGCGGCGGAGAGCUGAGGAGGAAGCAGCUCGCCUGGAGACGGAGCGUCAGAAUGCCCUGUUGGCUAAAGAGGAGCUGGCCCGUCAAGCUGAAUUCCAGAAGAAGAGUCAGGAGCAGCUCGCUGCAGAGUUGGCAGAGCACACAGCCAAGAUCACCAUGCUCGAGGAGGCCAGGAGACAGAAGGAGGAGGAGGCUGACUCGUGGCAGCUCAGGGCCCGGGAGGCCCAGGACGAUCUGAUUAAGACCAAGGAGGAGCUGCAUAUGGUGAUGACAGUGCCGCCACCACCUCCACCUCCUCCCAUGUAUGACAAUCUGGAUGACAUCAGUGACGGUGAGGAGAACAACAGUACACAUAGUGCCGACCUGCAGUAUGAAGGCAUCAAUGACCAUCGCAAUGAGGAAGAUCGCCUGACUGAGGCUGAGAAGAACGAGCGUGUCCAGAAACAGCUGAAGGCUCUGACAUCUGAGCUGGCUCAGGCCCGUGAUGAAUCCAAGAAUACCAAAAAUGACAUCCUUCACAGUGAGAAUGUGCUGGCUGGCCGAGACAAAUACAAGACCCUGCGACAGAUCAGACAGGGCAACACCAAGCAGAGGAUUGACGAGUUUGAAGCUUUAUAGGAAGCCUUGGCGCUUGGGCCUCAUCUCCUUCCUGAAUGGCCACUACAUCUGUCUCCUGUCUCCUCCGCUGACACACUGACACACACUAACACUCUCAAACUCACAUUAGUUGCAGACGAAACUGGAGCAGUAUACACACAGCAGAGGCAUCACUUACAGAAAGAUAAACUCCUGUCUUGAGUUUGUUUGGCAGGAUGCAGGGCUUUGCUAUACCUUUGAGGAAAACUUAGUGCCAAAACUUUCUGUUCUUUCCGUUCUUAGUCUUUUAAAUCUGAUUUAUGUACUUGAUUGAGUGGAAUUUGAUCAAUUCAGACCAAAAUUAUUUUUGUUUUUAACCACAGGUGUGAUGAAGUCAUGGGAUUAGCCAAUUUUCUUAGUAAUUCAUGAUGUGCACUUAGAAUAUGUAAUCCAGGACUUGCUUCUUUUUGUUGUCAUUUGUUAUGUAGGAAGAAGGAUGGUUUGUUGUUUGUAGCAACCACUCAGAAAAGGAAAUGCUGUAUAAGAUGGAAAAUGUAUGUUUGUUUUUCUUUUCCAUUGUAUUUGGACACUUCCACCUAUGUUUAAUAUUGCUAUAGAGUAGGCUCAGAUCAUGCCUAGUUUGAUAUUUAUAUUGUAUAUGGGACAUUUAAAAGGGUAUUUUAUCUUGGUUUGUAUAUUUUUGCUGUUUUCUAAUAAUAACAAAAGCAUGUCUAAACUUUUAUAUAUUGACCAACAUAAUGACAGUCUUAUGUUCUUUGCAUUUUUCUUUCGAUCACUAAAUUAGAGAUUUAAUCGUAAAUUAUUAUUUUGUACUGUAGGAAAUAUCCAGGGGUAUGCUAUUAAAAUCAGCUGAGGAGAUUGCUAAAAUGUGGGUACUUUUGAUUUUUUUGUUUUUGUUUUGUAUUGUUUUUUGUUUGUUUUGUUUGUUUCUCUUCAGAGCACUGUGUUGACUGGAACACUAGUUUAAUAUAAUUAUUUCUAUGUUCUAUGUGGUGUGGUUUUAUCAUACUGUCUUUCUAGCUGUCCCUUUACAGGGUUAGUCUCAGACGUUUGGUUCUACACUCUUCUUUGUAACAAGGUGAUUGUUACAAACAUAUUGAUGUAACUCUGAAAAGCUGUAGUUUUUGUGUUAGACCUCCACUGAAGUUAAAAUGAGGGUUGAACUUUCAUUUUGUUGCUUGGACACAAUGGACUGACCCAGACAGUAUAACACCAACCUCGCAUUCUCCUCUCUCUGGAUGUGGACUAGAAGCACGCAGCUAUGCUGGCCUUUAUGUAUAAAUAAGAUUUUAUAAUGAGGUGUUCAACAUAUCAGCAAUAAAAAAAAACCUGAUUACCA